GCUGAUAUUUGGAGCUGAUGCAACACUGAGCGGAGAUAACGAGUCAGCGCGCAGCGGGGAGAACUCCAACCAGGAAGACACCUUUUCUUACAGCAAGUCACUCAAUUUUCAACUCGUUUUCGCAUCUCUGGUAUCAGCAUGCCUGUCAUCAGAACCCUCAGCAAAGUGGCCAAGCAGGCCCUAAUGGGCACCCCUGGGUGUGGAUGCCAGCCUUUAACGGUGGCUGUGCGCAGCAUCAGCUUCUCCCCUCGCCAGGUGACCUCUGAUGCAAGCUUCCACUCUGUGUCUUUCUCUGAAACAGACCACCCCAAGGUGCUUAUCACUGGUGGGCUCGGGCAACUUGGAGUCGGACUGGCCAAACUACUGAGGAUGAGGUACGGAAAGAACAAUGUUAUUCUGUCAGACAUCAGGAAGCCACCAAACAGCGUUUUUCACAGUGGGCCUUUCAUUUACUCCGACAUCCUGGACUACAAGAACCUCCGGGAAAUUGUGGUAAACAACCGCAUCACUUGGCUGGUUCACUACAGCGCUCUUCUCAGUGCUGUAGGAGAGGCUAACGUGGCUUUGGCACGCUCCGUUAACAUUACUGGGCUUCACAACAUCCUUGACAUUGCAGCAGAACAUGGCUUGCGUCUGUUUGUCCCCAGCACCAUUGGUGCCUUUGGCCCCACCUCCCCUCGCAACCCCACGCCAGAUCUGUGUGUGCAGAGACCACGCACGAUCUACGGUGUUUCCAAAGUCCACGCUGAGCUAAUGGGAGAGUAUUACCACCAUCGCUAUGGUCUGGACUUCCGCUGUCUUCGCUACCCAGGAAUCAUCUCUGCUGACUCCACACCAGGAGGUGGAACAACAGACUAUGCCGUCCAGAUCUUCCACGACGCCAUCAAAACGGGGAAGUUUGAGUGCAACUUGAAACCCGACACCCGGCUGCCUAUGAUGUACAUCGACGACUGUCUGCGUGCAACUCUGGAAGUGAUGGAGGCACCAGCUGACACUCUCAGCAUGAGAACUUACAACAUCAACGCCAUGAGUUUCACUCCUGAAGAACUGACUCGGGAGCUCCAGAAGCAGAUGCCAGAGCUGGAGGUCUCAUAUGAGAUCGACCCAGUGCGGCAGGCGAUCGCGGACAGCUGGCCAAUGAACUUUGAUGACUCCAACGCCAGGAAGGACUGGGGCUGGAAACACGACUAUGAUCUUCCAGAACUGGUCCAGACUAUGCUCAACUACUUUAGAGAGGAAACGCGCAUGGCUCGAGUUAACUGAGACACUGUAAAUGUUUCUUUACACACCACGUAAAGACUGACCAAAGAAAUACAGAGAAGCCUAGUUUGUAUAUAGUCGUUCCCCCACUUCUUUGUAAUAUCAGAAAGGGUCCUCUUGCCUGCUGAAAGGUCGCCGAAUGGCUUCAAUGUAGAUAUCCGAGCAGGUUAGAUGAUCUGCGAUGUUCUUGUCUGUUCAGUCCUGCUUAGCUCACUUCUCAUCUUUUCCGCUGGGACUGCAUAAGCGAGGAGCGGCGCAUCAGCAGAGGAGUGUUGCCAGGAAUUGCAGUUUUACGACUUGUUUUUUAAUGAUCGUUUUUUUUUCUGUGUAGUUUUUAAAUGUGCUUUUCUAGCUGCUUUUGAAGCACGGAUCAGGUUUUUCUGUUUAGCCACAUUUCCAAUGAAAAUGUCAAGCACAAGUUGUAUUUUAUUUUAUUUUGCUCUUUAUAAGAAAAAAAUGCAAAACCUGCUUAUCUUUUAGUGUCUUUUGAGGCGCAACUCUUAAAGAAUUUUAGAAUUGUUACUGUCUUUUCAAUAUUAUUUAUUCUGUCGUUGAAUGUGUGAGAGCUUCCUCCUAAAGACAUUAAAAUCUGUUUCUCUAAGUG